UUAAUAUACAUAAAAUCUAGCUAUAAGUAUAAAUUAAUGGGGAGGCAGCCAUGUUGUGACAAGCUUAUGGUGAAGAAGGGGCCGUGGACGGCGGAGGAAGACAAGAAACUGAUAAACUUUAUAUUGAACAACGGCCACUGUUGCUGGAGGGCCUUGCCUAAGCUGGCCGGUCUACGUCGCUGUGGGAAGAGCUGCCGUCUACGGUGGACUAAUUAUCUCCGACCUGACUUGAAGAGAGGUCUUCUCUCCGAAGCUGAGGAACAGCUUGUCAUCGACCUUCAUGCACUUCUUGGAAACAGAUGGUCCAAGAUCGCUGCAAGGUUACCAGGAAGAACAGACAACGAGAUAAAAAAUCAUUGGAAUACUCAUAUCAAGAAGAAGCUCCUUAAGAUGGAAAUCGAUCCUUUGACCCAUCAACCUUUAAACAAAGUAUCUUCGGAUAAAAAAUUCGACGAUAAAUCGGAAACUUCAUCGAAAGACGGAAAUGUAAAGAGAAGUGAUGAUAAAAGCUUAGAGACCGAUGAAUCAACAAAAAAUACCAUAAAUGAAACUAGCACGAUCACUCAUCAAAAUAGUUCAAAAGAUGAGUAUGAGUUACUUGGUGAUAUUAUUGAUCAUAAAGAUGAAGAUUUAUUUAAUAUUCUAUGGACCAACGAUGAACCACCUCUAGUUGAUGUAUCAUGGAGCAAUAGUAUUGGUGGAGCAGCAUCAGUCGUAGCCGCUGACAAGAUCAACAUGGAAGCUGGGGAAGAUCUUCCCACAUGGCCAUUAGAAGAAAAAAACGGUGACAAUUGGAUGUUUUUGGAUUAUUGCAAAGACUUUGGUGUUCAAGACUUUGGUUUUUGUCAAACCUCCAUGGAGACUGGUUACAAGGAUUAACUAGCAUAUGCGAGGAUAUAUAUGGCACAUACAUACAUAUACAUAUGUAUAAAUUUAUACACGGUGAAAGUAAUGUAAGCAUAAUCAUGUAAAGCAGUAAAGAAGCACCAUGAAUUUUCACAAAGUACGUCUUUUUUAUUUUUUUA